AGCACGGCUAGGGGCGCGCUCAUGGAGCACACGCACGCCCACCUCGCCGCCAACAGCUCGGCUUGCGGCUUGGGCUUCGUGCCGGUGGUCUACUACAGCUUUUUGCUGUGCCUUGGAUUACCAGCGAAUAUCUUGACAGUCAUCAUCCUCUCUCAACUAGUGGCCAGGAGACAGAAGUCCUCCUACAACUAUCUGCUGGCACUUGCUGCUGCCGACAUCUUGGUCCUCUUUUUCAUCGUCUUCGUGGAUUUCCUGUUAGAAGAUUUCAUUCUGCACGUGCAGAUGCCCCAGAUCCCUGACAAGAUUAUAGAAGUGCUGGAGUUCUCCUCCAUCCACACCUCCAUUUGGAUUACAGUCCCCUUAACUGUUGACAGAUAUAUCGCUGUCUGUCACCCACUCAAAUACCACACCGUUUCCUACCCAGCCAGGACCCGAAAAGUCAUUGUGAGUGUUUACAUCACCUGCUUCCUGACCAGCAUCCCCUACUACUGGUGGCCUAACAUCUGGACUGAAGACUACACCAGCACCUCCAUGCAUCAUGUCCUUGUCUGGAUCCACUGCUUUACUGUGUACCUGGUGCCCUGCUCCAUCUUCUUCAUCUUGAACUCAAUCAUUGUCUACAAGCUCAGGAGGAAGAGCAACUUCCGCCUCCGUGGCUAUUCCACAGGGAAGACCACUGCCAUCUUGUUCACCAUCACCUCCAUCUUUGCCACCCUCUGGGCCCCCCGCAUCAUCAUGAUUCUCUACCACCUCUAUGGAUCGCCCAUCCAGAACCCUUGGCUGGUUCACAUCAUGCUGGAUGUCGCCAACAUGCUGGCCCUUCUGAACACAGCCAUCAACUUCUUCCUCUACUGCUUUAUCAGCAAGCGCUUCCGCACCAUGGCAGCGGCUACACUCAAGGCCUUGUUCAAGUGCCAGAAGCAGCCUGUGCAGUUCUACACCAACCAUAACUUUUCCAUAACAAGUAGUCCCUGGAUCUCUCCAGCAAACUCACACUGCAUCAAGAUGCUGGUGUACCAGUACGACAAACACGGAAAGCCUAUAAAAGUCUCCCCGUGA